AGAGGAGGGGUGGAAAUCUAGCCUGGCUAAACUCAAAUCCCCCAGAAGAGAUUUACGGAGCUGCUGAAGACACAGGGUUCUGACUCUAAAACGGAAACAAUUUCUUCAGUCUGGGAUGCUGGAGUAUUGUUUUUUAAACGAUCGGACCUGAUUUGAUGCGCGGUAGAUAUUUGCGGCUUUAAGAACCCAUCGACUCCGACUUCUGCGUGUCUUUAACUGAGGUGUGGACCGGAGGAGCUGCCCGAACACGAUCUACAUCACAGGUGGGUCCGAUCGCGUCGCUUUCACUCCGGGGGGAUCAUCAUCAUCAUCUGGGAGCCGCGAUGACAGCCCCCCCGCUGGUCCCACAGCCCGCCUGCUGACGGUACCAGGAGGAAGAGGAGGAGGAGGAGGAUGAUGGGAGCAGGUCUGACGCUUUCAGAAUCCAGAAGCAGCCGAUUCAUCAAUGGAGGAGGAGAGUGACACUCGGAAAAUCAACAACAGCUUCCUGCGCGACCACAACUAUGCAACCGAAGCUGACAUUAUCUCAACGGUGGAGUUUAACUCAACGGGGGAGCUGUUGGCCACCGGGGAUAAAGGAGGAAGAGUUGUUGUCUUCCAGAGGGAGCAGGAGAGUAAGACUCAGCCCCAUCGUCGAGGGGAGUACAAUGUUUACAGCACAUUCCAGAGCCACGAGCCUGAGUUUGAUUACCUGAAGAGUUUGGAAAUCGAAGAGAAGAUCAACAAGAUCAAAUGGUUGCCUCAGCAGAACGCUGCGUACUUCCUACUUUCCACCAACGACAAGACUGUGAAGCUGUGGAAGAUCAGCGAAAGGGACAAACGCCCGGAAGGCUACAACUUGAAGGAUGAGGAUGGUCGCAUCCGUGACCCAUCGACCAUCACCUCGCUUCGGGUGCCAGUGCUGCAGCCGAUGGAUUUGAUGGUCGAGGCUACAGCCAGACGGGUCUUCAGCAACGCCCACACGUACCACAUCAACUCCAUCUCCGUCAACUCAGACCUUCAGACUUUCAUCUCCACAGACGACCUCCGGGUGAACCUGUGGAACCUGGAGAUCACCGACCGCAGCUUCAACAUUGUGGACAUUAAGCCAGCCAACAUGGAGGAGCUGACGGAAGUCAUCACUUCAGCCGAGUUUCACCCGCAGCAUUGUCACACCUUCGCCUACAGCAGCAGUAAGGGCUCGAUGCGCCUCUGUGACAUGAGACAGGCGGCGCUCUGCGACAGGCACAGCAAAUACUUCGAGGAGCCAGAGGAUCCAUCCACCCGCUCCUUUUUCUCCGAAAUCAUCUCAUCCAUCUCAGACGUGAAGUUCAGCCACAAUGGACGCUACCUGAUGACAAGGGACUACCUCACUGUCAAAGUGUGGGACCUCCAAAUGGAGAACAAACCACUUGAAACCUACCAGGUUCACGACUAUUUACGGGGUAAGCUCUGUUCCCUGUACGAGAACGACUGCAUCUUUGACAAGUUUGAGUGCGUCUGGAACGGAUCAGACAGCGUCAUAAUGACCGGCUCGUACAACAACUUCUUCCGAAUGUUCGACCGCAACACCAAGCGAGACGUCACGCUGGAAGCGUCCCGAGAGAACAGCAAGCCCCGAGCUAUUCUGAAGCCUCGCAAGGUGUGCGUUGGCGGGAAGCGUCGCAAGGACGAGAUCAGCGUUGACAGCCUCGACUUCAGCAAGAAGAUCCUUCACACGACGUGGCACCCGCAUGAGAACAUCAUCGCUGUAGCAGCCACCAACAACCUCUACAUUUUCCAAGACAAAGUAAACUAACAACAACAACAAAAAAAGGCAGCCUGCCCCAUCACUCUGGUCUUAAAGGAGUCAAACAUCCACAAACUGAUGUGUGGGAGAAAAAAAAAAAAAAAACGACCAGUAAGAAUUUGUGGAGGAACGACUACGCUGUGCGGGAAACGCUUCAGUCCACAGCGUGACUUCUGAUUAUAAAUUAUUUAACCUCCCCGGAGAAA